AUGAUAAAGUCAGUUAUUUCUAAUAAAGAAAACUAAUUUCAUCGUAUUCAUUAACAAAGAGUGGCAAGAAAAAUUAUUAACAAAAUUGGGAAAUCAACAUUAAAUCAAUCGCCAAUAAGAAAAAGAGUUGAAAACACUGCUUAAUAAACUUUAGAAGCCCUUAGCUCCUAUCAAACCUUAUGUGACAAUUAACAGAGAAUUGAUUUAUUAAAGCAACCGAAAAGUAAAAUCAACUUUACUUAAUAAGACAUCGUUGGUUGGGAUGAUUAAAAUUAAAGUUUUGAGAAGCCAUAAAAAUUAACAACCGAUUCAAGUGUGUAGACAAAUAUUAGUUAAGAAAAAGCACGAAAAUCAAUUUCACAAUAAACCUAGAGAAUUAAAAUGAUUCCAAGAUUAAUAGAUAUAAGAUAAAAAACCUCAAAAACUCCUUUAAGAACUACAAAAAUUACUAGCCCAUUAAUUGAAUAUCCAACAAUGCAAAAGUUUAAAUUGUUCUUUGAUAAAAACAUUUAUAAAUAAGGGAUCCCUUAAUUGAUUAUAUGCGAUAGAUCAUUGAAUGCCGUUGAUGGAUUAAAUUGUAUUAGUUUCAACAAUGUUACCUCAAAGCUAAUGCCUCAUAAAAGAAAUCAUAGUUUAUGUGUAGGCAAUAAAAUAAAUAAAGUUGACAUUAUUAAGGACAUUACCCAAAACUAAUGAUUUUUUUAGGUGAAUUAUAUAUAUACACUUAAACUAUUAUUAUUUUGUUUCA